UUGAAUGCGGAAGUCGGACUCAAGCUGCAGCUCCUGAUCCCCUCUCUCUGAAUAAAGAUAGAGCUUUACCCAGACUGCACAUUCCUUCCUCUGUCCCAGAUCUACCACAGUAGCGCCUCGACAUACGAACAAACCUGUUCAUGUACAAAUCGGUUUACGAACAGGAUUGUACGUAAAAUUUUGCUUCAAGGUACGAACACAGAAGCUCUCGGGCCCUGCAUGAUCUCAUUCAGUUAGUCUUUGGCCUGUGCGCUGUGAACAGCCGUCCAACCAUUCUUACGCUAUCCAAACAAUGGGAAAAGUUGAUUACGUUCGUAAGUCGAGGCGCUACUGUAUUUGAAAAUCUGAAGAUGGAAGUUUCAACAUCAACAGAUGAAGGGCUUAAGCCCGAAAUGUUGACUCUCCUACUUCUCAGAUGCAGCCUCACCUGCUGUGCUUUUCCAGCGCCACACUUUUCAAUACUGACUCUCCAGUGUCUGCAGUCCUCACUUUGACGUCAAUGUCUGACAGUCACUCAAUCCAUCGGGACUGUAACGGUUUUCAUCUAUGAUUCUGUGAGAAGGAGCAAAGCUUUUUGGUUCCUGUCUAAGUACGUUUUCAGCAUUAGUGGGACUGGAUGAGAGACCCUACCAUUGCAGCACACUGAGUGUGGAGCCUAAAAUAACUAAACGGCCUGGAAAGAGGAAUUCACAGCAGGGAGUGGCUCCAUACUUCGGCCAUGGAGAAACCUGACAAAUCCCACCUCUUGGAGAAACCAUGGAAGUGUGGUGACUGCGGGAAAGGCUUCCGUUUCCCAUCUUCCCUGGAGAUUCAUCGGCGUAGUCACACUGGGCAGAGGCCGUUCACCUGCCCAGUCUGUGGGGAGGCCUUCAGAUAUUUCUCCUCUCUGCUGAGGCACCAGCGGAUCCACACGGGGGAGAGGCCCUUCAGCUGCCCCGAGUGCAGGAAGGCCUUUAUCCAGGUCUCUGGACUGCUAAACCACCAGUGUGUCCACACAGGGGAGAGGCCCUUCAGAUGCCCCGAGUGCAGGAAGGCCUUCAGCAAUUCCUCCUCUCUGCUGAGGCACCAGCGGAUCCACACGGGGGAGAGGCCGUACAGCUGCCAUGAGUGCGGGAAGGCCUUUACCCAGGUCUCUGGACUGCAAAACCACCAGCGGAUCCACACGGGGGAGAGGCCGUACAGCUGCCAUGAGUGCGGGAAGGCCUUUACCCAGGUCUCUGGACUGCAAAACCACCAGUGGGUCCACACAGGGGAGAGGCCAUUCAGCUGCCCCGAGUGCGGGAAGGGCUUCAGCACUUCCUCCCACCUGCUGAGGCACCAGCAGAUCCACACGGGGGAGAGGCCAUUCAGCUGCCCCGAGUGCAGGAAGGCCUUCAGCGAUUCCUCCGCCCUGCGGAGCCACCAGCGGGUCCACACUGGCGAGAGGCCAUUCCCCUGCCCCAAGUGUGGGAAGGCCUUCACCAGCUCCUCCCAACUCCGGAGGCACCAGCGAGUUCACACAGGGCAAAAACCGUGGAAGUGUGGUGACUGUGGGAAAGGCUUCCGUUCCCCGUCUGCCCUGGAGACUCAUCGGCGCAGUCACACCGGGGAGAGGCCGUUCCCCUGCACUAACUGCGGGAAGGCCUUCAGAGAUUACUCCCACCUGCUGAGGCACCAGCGGAGCCACACGGGGGACAAACCCAUCAGCUGCCCAGAUUGUGGGAAGGCCUUCAUAUUUUUCUCUGCCAUGUUGGUCCACCAGCGGGUCCACACGGGAGAGAGGCCGUUCAGCUGCCCUGAGUGUGGGAAGGCCUUCAGCAAUUCCUACAACCUGCGGAGCCACCAGCGCGUCCACACGGGGGAGAGACCCUUCAGCUGCCCCGAGUGCAGGAUGGCGUUUACCCACCACUCCGCCCUGCGGAGCCACCAGCGCGUCCACACAGGGGAGAGGCCCUUCAGCUGCUCCGAGUGUGGGAAGGCCUUUACCCACAUCUCUGUCUUGCGGAGCCACGUGCGUGUUCACACCGGGAAGAGGCCCUUUAGCUGCCCCGAAUGCGGGAAGGCCUUUACCGACAUCUCCUCCCUGAUGAGGCACCAGCGGAUCCACACUGGGGAGAGGCCCUUCACCUGCCCCGAGUGCGGGAAGGCCUUCAGCAGUUCCUCCGCCCUGCUGAGGCACCAGCUGGUCCACACCGGGGAGAGACCGUACACCUGCCCUCAGUGCGGGAAGGGAUUCACCUGUUCCUCCAACUUGCUGACCCACCAGCGUGUCCACACCGGGGAGAGGCCCUUCAGCUGCCCCGCAUGCGGGAAGGGCUUCAACCGCUCCUCCACCCUGCAGAGCCACCAGAGGAUCCAUACAGGGGAAAGGCCCUUCAGCUGCCCCGUAUGCGGGAAGGGCUUCAAUCGCUCCUCCUCCCUGCGGAGCCACCAGCGGAUCCACGCAGGGGAGAGGCCCUUCAGCUGCCCCGAGUGUGGGAAGGCCUUUACCCACGUCUCUGCCUUGCAGAGCCACCAGCAUGUCCACACGGGGGAGAGGCCCUUCACUUGCCCUGAGUGCGGGAAGGCCUUCAGCAGUUCCUCCACGCUGCUGACCCACCAGCGGAUCCACACCGGGGAGAGACCGUACACCUGCCCUCACUGCGGGAAGGGCUUCAACCGCUACUCCACCCUGCAGAGACACCAGCGGAUCCACACAGGGGAGAGACCGUACACCUGCCCUCAGUGUGGGAAGGCCUUCAGCACAUCUUCCUCCCUGCUGAGGCACCAGCGGAUCCACACCGGGGAGAGGCCGUUCAUCUGCUCUCAGUGCGGGAAGGGCUUCACCUACUCCUCCCAACUGCGGAAGCACCAGCGAGUUCACGUGCCAUCGCAGGGGGAUUGAAGGAGUGAUGGCCGAGUCCCAUUAUCGAUUGGACUAUCAACCCGGUUCCGGGAACGCCCGGGUUCGAAUCCCGCCAGGACAGAUGGCAGAAUUGGUAUUCAGUCAGAAAUGGGGAGUUCGGAAUCUAACGAUGAGACCGUUUCAGGGAGGAGGUAGUGCGGGGGGAGAAAGCCUCCAUCUGAUUCACUCUCUCCCUUGUUGGGAAGGGAACCGCCAUUGUGGGAAAGGAUUCACUCAGUCGUCCCAGCUGCAUCCUUUACCCGGUCUGGCCUACACGUGACUCCAGACCCACAGCAGUCUGGUUGACUCUACGCUGCUCAUCCAACUUACUUGGAUACAGGUUGAAAUUGCUGAGUGAGGCAAUACUUCCUCCAGGUUAAGGCUCCAAUUACAUUAGGGACAACUCAGUGGUGACCAAUAAUGAAGUAAGUGAGGGGUUGCACUUUGACCUUGAGCUGUUUUUAAAAAAAAUUGCUACUUUUUCUACGCCUUUCUGCUGGGAGAUUCUGAAGCUGUAACAAAGUUGGGUCACAAUAAAGAUUACCUGAACUUCA